AUGUCUCAAUCUUCCUACGUCCGCACCAUGUCCACAUCCGCAUGGUCGUGGACGAUGUCGACAUUCACAAGGGCCUCUUCCACCAGUUCCUUAAUAACCUACGACGUGGAGUCGGUGAGAAACGACAGCCAGCAAUUCCAGAGUGACUGCGUUGAUAUGCAGACACGACGAAAGUCCUCUUUGUUCGUCCCCUUGUUCGGCCAGUUGCAAUGGAACAAUACAGACUCUGCCGUAGACCUUCCUGUAUCAGAACCCGAGCCUGCAUACCAAGAAGCGUUGGCAGACGUGGAAGAAUAUCCCGAUUUUGUUAAAGUCCAGAUCGAAGCGAAGGCAGGAUCCAUAGGCAGAAGAGCCUCGCUACUUGCCAACAUCUUUACCAAUCAGGAUGUUGACGUGGAUCCUGAUCUCAAAUUCAAACCUUCCGCAUCUGAAGCAGAGAUCAAGCAAGGAAUUGCACAAGCGCAAAACGAAAGAAGCCAGCGAAAAAUGAUCUACUCUCGCAAUGUUACGAUGGUAUCGCUUGCAACGAUCAAUGUAAUUUGCGUUGCGUUAUCGUUCGGGCUGUUCAGCGUCUGGUACGCUACUGCUCCUUUGAUACUGGCAGCGCCUCUCCUUAGGUCAAUCGUAACCGUUAAUUUGCUCACGAGUUCUGUAUAUGAGAAGGCAAGACUCUUACUAAAACCUCAGAAAGAGGAUCUUGAUGUCCCCAUCAUGGAUUACGCCACUGUCAUAUCCUUCUCCAACGAGAGAUUCGAGGAUAUUCAGAGCACCCUCGACUCCUUGGUGGACCAGAAAGACGUCGACUUGCACAAGAACCUGUUGCUCAUCUCAUGCAACGAUAAUAUAUGGAACAGCGACUACGCCAAAUCGACCACGAGGAUCAUACUUGAGCACAUCCUCACCAACAUAGUUGACGAAGCAAAGUUCCAGAUGCCACGCGACGGCUCUGAGACUGGCUCUGAUACUAUGUGGUGUCGAAGAGGAAUCUACAGAGGUCUGCCGUACGUUCUGAUGGUCAAAGAGGGCGUGACCAAAAGGACUGAAGUUCUUGACUUGAGCCGAAACCUGCUCCAAGCAUACAACCUUCGCAAAGAGUCGUACUUUAACUCAGUACCCUCUGCUUUCUUUGCUUGGUACAAAGAAUGGGCUGAGUUGCACGACUUUGCGUCUUUCGACUUUUUGGUGAACAUCAGCUCCGGCUCUCUGCUCGAUGAGCACUGCAUCUCGCGGCUGUACCGUCAAUCUCUGCAGAGCCCCACUUGUGUGGCGAUCUCGAGUCGCGUAGAGAUCGAUCCUCGCUCGUCCAGAUGGAGUAUUGGAAAUCUUUCCAGCAACUCGCAUCUUAUGUAUGAUCAAGUCAGAAGUUCUCAUCAGACGCAGAUCAUGCACAAGGCGAGCGUAAGUCCAAGUGCUUGCCAGAUGCUCAAGAUUUGUGAGGAGACCUGUGGCCCACAAGUCCUGGAAGAGAUCAAGAAGCGCCGACCUUCGUCCAUGAGCAAUAUGGUGAAGCAGAUACGUUCAUCUCUCGAGGAGGACGACAUGAUGUACGGAGUCCCAGAGGUAACCACCCUACAAGCCGUCCAUGCUGUCACAUAUGCCCGUUCAUCCACCACAUUCUCCGAAUCAUUAGCGCACCGUCAAAGGAUCGCGUUUUCGACUUGUGCUACAAACCUCGCUGUUCUUUGCGACAACCACAUGCAUUGGUUUGAGAGACUGUCAUCUGCCGCCGAGUUGCUGGCUUGGUGUCUUCCUCUCUUGUCUCUGGCCGUCAUUGUCAACUUUCUCAGAUCAGCUGCAUUGCAACAAAACAUCCUGGUGUUAGUUGUGCUCAGCGCUAUCGUUGCAUUGCCCUGGAUAUAUGCAGUCACAUCUGCAAUGAGGCUGGCUCGCUCCUGGGAUGCACGCUUACGCUACCUGCUCGGCUUCCCAAUCCUGAUUGUCACAGGGCCUUUCAUUGCCAUCUAUGUUGCCGUCUCCACCCUGUUCAACUCACAUCGUCUUCGUCCGGAACAGCCUAAGCGAAGACGUCCUUCCGCUGUUACUGUACAAAAUCAACGUUCUGAUGUUUGA